AUGCAAUAAUAAAUUACAUCUAUAAGAAAAUGGCUAGGUUCUAAACAUAACAACUCUUUUAGAUUAAUGUCUUACAAUAUUUUGGCUGAUUCUUUGUUAUAAGAAAAUGAAAAGCAAUUAUAAUAAUAUGAAUGGAAGAACAGAUGGCCAUUAAUCUUUUCCUAAAUAAAAAAGUAUAAGCCUGAUAUUCUAUGUCUUUAAGAAUUAGAUUGUGAUGAAAAUGACUUAAGUUAAUUAUUAAUUCAUGAUAAAUAUGAAAAGCUUUAUUUAAAAAGAAGUCAAGAAAAUCAAAAAGAUGGAUGUGCUCUCUUUUUCUUAAAAUAGAAAUUCAAAUUAAUCAAGUCCUAUAAUCUUCACUUAAAACAAGAACAUCUAUUUUAUAACUCUAAAGCCAAAAUGGAUAAACCUAAUAUAUGUCUUAUAACAGUAUUAUAAGAUUGUAAUGAUGGAAAUCCUCUCAUAGUUGCUAAUUCUCAUUUGAUAUUUAAUAAAAACAGAGGAGAUUUAAAACUAAGUCAACUUCAAUUAAUUAUGAUCACACUUUAAUCUUUACAAUUAAAAUAUUAGAAUUCAAGAAUUGUAUGGUGUGGUGAUUUUAAUCUAACACCUAAUAGUGCUUUGUAUUCUUAUAUUUCAUAAGGCCAAUAACAAUUUAGUAAGUUAAAUCCAAAAAGAAUAAGUGGCUAAUAUUCCAUUUCUUAUCAUCCUACUGAUUAUAUGUAGGAUAGAAUUAAUGUUUAGAAAAAGUGUGGUGAAUUUAAUAUACAAUAUGAAUAAUAAGACAUUGAUUAUGAUUAUGAUCUGUAUGUUCAAGCUUUGAGAUGCCAAAUUAUAGAUGAUAAUUUUUAAUUUCAUUAAGCUUAAUUAAAUCCAUAUCCAAUUGUAGAAACACCAAUUCAAUUUAGAAGCGUUUAUGCAGAUUUAUAGAAAAUGAAAAGUAAAGAUUUGCAUGAUUUCUAUGCAAAAUGGUCUACAUAUGAACCAUUAAUUACAACAAUGUCUUCAUCAUAAGUAGGAUGUGUAGAUUACAUUUGGAUCAAUAAAUUGCAAGUCUCAUAAAUAUUAUAAAUGCCUAAAAUUGAAUAUUUAAUAGAAAAUCCCAUUGUAAAUUAAGAAGAAGGUAGUGAUCAUCUCCCAUUAGUAUGCGAUUUGUAUUGA